GAAGCUGGGAAUCAGAUGAUUGCUGAAAGCAAUAAAAAAGAAAAGUUUGAAGACUAUUAUAAACUAGUUGAAAGCUUGGGAAGGUACAAACUAAUUCAAGUUAAUUAUUUUAUUUUUAAAGGAAACAAAAUCAACCCAAGUAUGCUGUGAAUUCUUAGCUAACCUGCUUUUUACUUAAUUCUUAAAAUAAUAAUUAUUUUCACAGACCCAGUGGCACCUUUGUUGCAAUAUGCACGGAAAUAAGCACAAGAAAACCGUAUGCUGUCAAAGUGAUGCAGAAAAAUGCUACAGAAGCUGACAGGUUUGGUGUCAAAAUAUUGGAUUAUUCAGGAAUGAAAACGAUAGGUCAUUUGUUAAAUCUUGACCAUAGGAAUGUGGCGAAAAUAAAAGAAAUCUUUGAAACAUCUAUUUCGUUGCAUAUAGUUGUCGAACUUGCAGUUGGCGAGCAACUCUUUCGGAGAUUAACUGAGUUUCCUGUUUACAGUGAAAAAACGAUUGCUCAUUAUUUCAAACAAAUGGUUGAUGGUAUUAGAUACUUACACGAAUAUGGAAUUAUUCACAGAAAUUUAAAACCUGAAAACAUACUGCUCAGUACUAGAAAAAGCAAUGCGAUUGUAAAAAUUACCGAUUACUCUCCUCAAUCAUUUACAACUGGAGAUUUGGAUUUGGAAUUGGUCUGUUUGACAACUAUAUUUUGUGCACCGGAAUUAUUAUUAAGUAGACGAUAUGAUAAAGCUAUUGAUCUGUGGGCAUUAGGUAUACUAUUGUAUAUCAUGCUAUGUGGAAGCGAUCCUUACAAAUCAAAAACUGACAGUGAUUUAUACUAUGCUAUACUUCACCGUGAUAUUGAAUUCAAAUCUGCCUCAUGGAAAUCAAUUAGUUUGAGUGCUAAAGAUGCUGUGAAACGUCUUUUAAUGAUUGAUCCAAAGCAAAGAAUAACUACACCACAUUUAUUAAAGCAUCAAUGGUUUGUUGAGGGAAAUAGAAACAAGGAACAUUUAGAUUCAGCACAAGAGAAUUUAGCAAAUUUUAACAAACAACGUUCAGAAAAAUAUUCUAACAUUCAAUAUGAUGAACCAGAAGAUUGGAUAACAAGUGAAUAUUUAAAAUUACCAAGAAGAAAUUCAAAAUCCACUCCAAUAGAGAUAGAUGAUGAAGAUUUCAAACCAGUAACAGUAGUCUUUAAAAAGUUAACUGGUGAUUCGUAAAGAUGACUAGCAAUGGAAUUCACAAGGCGAAUUCUGGUCUAUUUGUUGAGAUGCAUAGAAUCACUACUGUACAUAUGUCAAACAGACUGACUAAUUAU